ACUUCAUCGUGGCUAGCGUCUGGUGGUGAUGCAACUCGAUCGCAAGCGUUGCUAGUGUCGUGCGGUUGCAUCUACUAGUAACGCGCCAUAUGGAUUGAUCCGACAAAAACGAACGUUAGAGCCUCAAACAGACAUUAACGACCGGCAAUACACCGGCAGAUCUCCAAUCAACCAAACCACAUCCACCACGACAAAUCUCCCCCACAUAGACCACAUAGAUAGCAGUGGGCAGACUCAAUACCAGCACACCAAAAUGGACGCUCCUGGAUACGAUUGGUUGAAUAUACCGAGCAAUAGAUCCGACAAUGGAGAUGGACACAACUUCAGGGCACAGGCAUUUGGCCAGCCUGCAAGUGGUGCAAGCUCGCCAAUUCCACCAGUUUCGUUUGGGCUCGGCAGCACAGGCCAGAAUGGGUCUGGCUCGGGGGUUGCCAACGGUCCUGGAUCCAGUGGCCACAACCCGGGAUUCAACCAACCUCCUGAGAUAACCGUGCAGCGCACCGAAGCUGGGACCCACCAGCCUCACAACUACUACUUCCGCAACAACUCUGCCGAUCAACUACGUGCCAACGCCCGCCAGAACAACGAGACAUUUGGCCAAAGCAGCAGCAUGGACAGUCUCUUCCAAGACCAAUCCAAUACCGAGGAUGACUACAGCAUCCCUCUUUCGCUCACAGCCCAGGAGCUCACGCUCCAGGAAUCCAAAACAUACAUGAGGUGGUACAGCGAUAUACUAGCCAGAACCAACAGUCGUACCGUGACCAUGCACGAUGUGUUCACAUUCCUUAACAACUUCAAGAUUCCUACGACAGCGAAGGAGAAGAUCCAGCGAAUCUUUCAGAAACUCCUCCGUUCCAUCAACAUAGGUGAGUUCUUUGCCCUCUUGCGGUUAAUCAGCCAUACCCUCAACGGCUCGGAUCCAAUGAGAAAGUUGAUCAAAGUCAAGGCCCUGGUACCCACGCCUCCUUCAAUUCUUUCGAAGAAAAGACAGAACGACGAGGACAAUGAACCAGAGGCCGAUUUCGAUGAUACUGGCAUCGUGGAAAAUAUACCACCACCCAGUCAAAACCAUACCAACAAGCCCUUGGAUUUGGAUACUUUUACCCAGUUCAUGUUGACAGGUGAACGGCCAGACGACGUACCCAAAAAGAAAAGGUCCAAGAAGUUGAAAUCCGUGAAGUUUUCUGAUCAGAUUGUCACUGACAUACAUGAUAGUUCGUUUAUCAACAGUCCGGUAGGCUCGCCAAUGCCAGAUUCAAAGUUGGACUACUCAUUACCGAUGGAUCAACUUUUGAAUAAGAUCAAGCAACAACCCACCCAACAACAGUUUAAACCAGAUGAAGAAGAGAGGAAAGUGCUUGAAGAAAUGGAACCACAAAUGAACCACUUCAGAAAUUUGCAUGCGGUUGAUACUGCUUCAAUCGGAGGCGUACCAGCCAAUCUUGAGGUACAUGAUAACUAUGAAUUUUUAAGACCAAACAUGACUGGUCCAGCACAAAUGGCAGAAAUGUUUAGUCCAUCACCGGAGCCAGAAUUAUUAAAACCUAACAUGACUGGCCCUGCACAGAUGCAAAAGUACUACAAUUCUGAUCCCUCACUUCGUGAUGAUGUCGCUCCUUUAAGACCAAAUGCCACUGGCCCUUUGGACAUGGCGAGAAUAUUCUCUCCAUCCGCACCGUCUGAAGUUCAGCCACAGCAACAGCUGCAUCAAGAUGCUGCAAAGGUUUCGUUGCAAUCAUUUACUAGUCAAAUGACAGGAAAUACAUUUGCCAAUACGGUUCAAAACUCCAGAGUUAGUUCGGAUGGCUCGCCUGUCAGACAUCAUUCAUCGUCUUUAUCCAAUAGACCAUUACCCCCUCCUCCCGUCCCAAAUACCAGAAGAACCAGAUCGGUGUCCUCUCCUACUCCAAGGCACUCUUCACCAUUGUCCAAUCAAUACAACAGUGCAGAGAACCUACAAAACAACUCAUCCACUUUAGCUGUACCAGGCCAGCCUCCGAUGAUUCCUCCAAGAUCACCAUUAUCCAAUAACUACAUGAACACUUCGCAAAGUCAUUCUGGAAGCCCGGUUCCAAACAAUGUCGGAAAAAUACCACCUCCACCUCCUCCAUCAAGAAGAAGAAAUACAUCAGUAUCUGCCCUGGGCAACCUACCUGCACAAGGCAAUGCUCCAGCAUUACCUCCUAAGGUGGUUAUCGGACAGCAACUGUAUUACCAACCUUCUUCAAACAAUCCCUACAGCAAUGGUGACACGGCACCAAACAACAUUUAUUCUGGCGGGAAUCAAUCGAACGACAGCACUGCUAAUAUUUUGGACGAUUUAAAAGCAUUACAGGAAGAAGUGGAUAAAAUAAGAGAUAUGACAGGUGGUUUUUAGCCAGAGACUGUUACAUCUGUUUUUGAUAUCCAAAAUAGCAUUCAAUUCUCCAAGUUUAUACUCCAUAUAUAAACCUUUCUGAUAUUUAGUUCAUUUUUUUCAUUUAGACUAGUGACCAAUAGGUUGCAAUACAG